AAUUUCCCUUCCAACCUCUCAAUAAAUAAAUGCAACUUCUAGCAUCCUAAACCACACCAACAACAAAAUUAUACCUCACUCUCUUCUUCCACAACCAUGGCAAAAAUAACCAUACUAUCUCUCAUUUUACUAUUGUACCCUCUAGUUACUAACUCAUACAACCCUGAUUACAAUUUAGCCAUCAAUUGUGGUUACUCAACAAACACUACUUCCUUAGACAAUAGAAUUUGGGUUGGUGAUGAUGAUAUUGAAAAUUCCAAUCUCCUUUCCUUCACAGAACCAAAAAUUACAAACCAAUCUUUUAUAACAAAACCUAUUUCCCUCUCAAAUACUCAAAUUCCAUUCACAACUGCACGUGUCUCUAUCUCAAAUUUCACAUACUCUUUUCCUAUCAAUAUCACUAAUUCCCCUGUUUUUAUUCGCCUUCAUUUUUACCCAACUUCAUACCAAAACUUUGAACUUUCUGAUGCAAUUUUUUCUGUUGAAGUAAACAACAACCUCACUCUUCUUAAAAACUUCAACGCUUCACUUUGGCUUCAUCAUGAUGAUAAUGAGGAAAACAUCAUCAAAGAAUAUUGCAUCCAAAUCAAACCAAAUGAGAAUUUGCUAAACAUAACUUUCAUUCCAAACAACAAAAAUAAUGUUUCUUAUGCUUUCAUUAACGGGAUCGAAGUUGUGUCCAUGCCAUCUUUUCUCUAUUACUCAGACCUUGAUGACUUGAAUUAUCAUAUAAGAUCAGUUGACACAGGCACCACAGAUUACAAAAUUCUAAAAGAUAAAGCUUUAGAGAUGGUUUAUAGAGUCAACGUUGGUGAAAAUCAAGUUCCACCAAAUGAUGAUACAGGUAUGUUUCGUAAUUGGGACAAAGAUUAUCCUCUUUACUUGAAGAAACAGUAUUCAAAUAGCAUAUCUAGUGGUUAUAGAGACCAUCUAAACUAUUUAAACAACACCGUUCCAAAUUACACUGCACCGGAAGUUGUAUACUUAACUUCAAGAAGUUAUGGAAUGAAUGCGAACGAGGAUUAUAAUGUAACUUGGAGUUUUGAAGUUGAUUCUAGUUUUACUUAUAUGGUAAGGUUACAUUUUUGUGAGUUUGAUAUUCAUAUAAUAGACCAAACUUAUAGAGUUUUUAAGAUUUUUAUAGAUGAUACUUUGGCCGAAGGACUAGUUGAUGUAUUUUUUUUGAGUGGUGGUCGAUUGAUUCCUAUUCAUAGGGAUUAUGCUGUGACUAUGUACCCUAAAGAAGGAAACUCUCAUAUUGAAAGAGUUAAUCUUUCAAUCAAACUUCAACGAUUGCCAGAUCAUACCCCCCUCACAACAUAUCGCGAUGUCUUGUUGAAUGGAAUCGAGAUUUUCAAGAUAAGUGACAACAAUAAAAAUCUUGCAGGAGUAAAUCCCAAAUAUUUACCUCCAAAGGAACCAUUAUUACCUAGUCCACAAUCAAAUUCAAAGAACUCAACCAUAGUCAUUUUUAUUGCGGUUGGAGUUUCAUGUCUCUUGUUAGCAUCUGUUGUUGGAAUGAUAGUUUUUGUUCGAAGGAGAAGAAAAUUUCAAUCUCAUCUUGAAACGGAAGAAAGGUCAUGGCAGACCAAGAAAGAAGGUUCGUCAACUUUACCAUCCUAUUUGUGUCGCUAUUUUACAAUAGCGGAGAUAAAAGCUGCUACAAACAACUUUGAUGAUAUAUUUAUCAUCGGGGUUGGAGGGUUCGGGAACGUGUACAAAGGUUACAUCGAUGGUGUUACACCUGUUGCGAUAAAACGUCUUAAACCGGGUUCUCAACAAGGUGUAAACGAGUUCAUGAAUGAGAUAGAGUUGCUCUCUCAGCUUCGUCAUAUUCAUUUGGUUUCUCUCAUUGGAUAUUGCAACGAAGGUGCUGAGAUGAUUCUCGUCUACGAUUUCAUGCAACGUGGCACUCUUCGUGAAUAUUUAUAUGGUUCUGAUAACGAACUUCUUACCUGGAAGAAGAGACUCGAGAUUCUAUUGGGUGCGGCGAGGGGGUUACAUUAUCUUCAUACAGGUGCGAAACAAAAUAUCAUACAUCGUGAUGUUAAGAGUACCAACAUAUUGUUGGAUGAAAAAUGGGUGGCUAAGGUUUCUGAUUUCGGGUUAUCAAAAGUGGGACCAACGGGAAUGUCAAUGACGCACGUUAGCACCGUGGUGAAAGGUAGUCUUGGGUAUUUGGAUCCAGAAUACUACAUGCGUCAAAGGUUGACCGUAAAGUCUGAUGUAUACUCCUUUGGUGUUGUGCUUCUUGAGGUAUUGUGCGCGAGACCUCCUUUGGUUCGUUCUUUGGAUAAGAAAACAUUGAGUUUGGUUAUUUGGUUCCAAAGAUGUUACAAAGAAGAUUUGAUAAUGGACGAGAUGGUGGAUCCGUUUAUAAAGGAUUCCAUAACAACGGAGUGUUUGAAAUGUUAUUGUCAAAUGGUGUUGAGUUGCUUGCAUGAUGAUGGAAAUCAACGAAUGUCGAUGAGUGAUGUCGUCGGGGCAUUAGAGUUUGCAUUGCAAUUGGUGACGAGUGAGGAGGAUAGUAAGUUAAGUGAGACCCAAGAAAAAGAAAAAAGUGUGCAAAGGCUACAAUUGCUUCAGUUUACGAGUGAUGACGCGAGUGACAAAUGUUUCACGAGUAGUAGCGAUGACUAUGGGUCUCAUACCAGUAAAGCAAGCACCAUUUCAGCUCGUACUGAAGAUCAGCUAAUGUUUUCUGGUUCUGCGUUUUCGGAGAUUGGGAACCCAAGAGCACGAUAGGGGGGUGUCUUUUAUUCUAAAAUUCCCAAUUUAUAUAUCUCCAAUGAUAAAUAUAACUAGCCAACUAUAUUUCUUGAAAGUCUAUGUUGUAAUUUUUUGAAAGUC